AAAGCAAAUAAAAAACAAAACAAAACAUAGGAAAAAAAGAAAAAUAGCCUUGAUUAGCUCUAUCAUAAUUUACAUAUAGCAAUUUCAAGCAAUGGAGGGUUCCUCACACAAGCUCUUUGCUCCAAUUGUUUUGGUUGCCCUAAUCUUGGUUUUGAGUACUACAACAGUAAGUAGUGAAGAAAUGCCAAAGAUGUACGUGAUGGAAGAAGUUACAAUGGUCGAACCAAACACAAACAUGGUGCAUAAUAAUGGGAAUAUUCAUAAACCAAAGAUGAUGAUAAUGCAAUUUGUUGAUCAACAAAAUAAUAAGGAAGCUAAUUCUAUGGCGGCAAUAACCACGUCGUCGUCGACUGAGUCUGGUCUGAGAUGCGCCGACGAGGGCGAAUACUGUAACACCCUCUUUGGUAAUAGUUGUUGCCCUGGUAUUGCUUGUGUUCAAGGACCUUUUGUAGGUGGUAGGUGCCAUAAAUGGUAAAUUAAGAGCAUUAUACAUACAGCAUUAUAUAUAUAUGCUUAGUUUAGUACACAAAUCAACGAAGUUAAACACGUAAAUUAAAUAAUGUGUACCAUAUAAGAUGUGCAUGUCUUUGUACGUGUGUAAGUUUGAUAAUAAUAUAAUGAAAAAUAAAGACUAGCUUUCAUGAGAAGUCAUGAAUCAUUUCAUAUGA